AAAGUACAAGGUUCUCGCAAUAUAGAAACAAAAAUAGGUGCUAUGUGCUUGAACAAUAAAAAGAAAAAUAACAUACGGAGUAUAUAAAAUUGAAAUACAUGCCUCACAACUAUCUUGUUUUUAGACUUUAGUACCAUGUAUUAUAUUUGCAAUCUAGUCAAUUACAGUUGAAAUUUGUAUGUAAUUGAGAGAGAUAAUAGAGAGAGAUUAUGGCAAUGAGGGUUACUGCUGGGUUGUGUUUGUUGCAUCUAUGCUUAGCAUUGUUGAGAGGGGUUGCUGGAAGUGAAGGCAAAGAGUAUAAUCGUUACGACUUUCCUAAGGAUUUCAUAUUUGGUGCUAGUACCUCUGCAUAUCAGGUUGAGGGAGCAGCAUUACAUGACGGAAGGAAGCCCAGUAUAUAUGAUACUUUUGCCCAUCGUUCUAAGUAUGACACACGUAAUCCAGACGUAGCAUGUGAUCAAUAUCAUAAAUACAAGGAAGAUGUUCAACUCAUGGUGGAAACAGGGUUGGAUGCCUAUCGAUUUUCUAUCUCGUGGUCAAGAUUAAUACCCGAUGGCAGAGGAGCUGUUAACUUUAAAGGUUUAAGAUACUACAACAAUCUCAUCAAUGAACUCAUUAGUCACGGGAUUGAACCACAUGUUACACUGGUGCACACAGAUUUACCACAGGUUCUUGAGAAUGAGUAUGGAGGCUUCCUCAAUGUUAGGAUCAUAGAAGACUUUACAUCAUAUGUAGACGUUUGCUUUAGAGAAUUUGGUGAUAGGGUUCGACAUUGGACAACUUUCAAUGAGGCGAAUAUCUUCGUCUUUGGUGGUUAUGAUGCUGGUAAUACACCCCCAAGUAGAUGUUCUUCUCCCUUUGGAUUUAUCAAUUGUACUAAAGGAAAUUCGACUACGGAGCCAUACAUUGCUGCUCACCACAUAUUGUUGGCUCAUGCAUAUGCCGUAAAACUAUAUAAGGAAAACUACAAGGCCAAACAACGUGGACUCGUUGGGAUUAAUCUCCUUUCUUACCAUUUUGCACCUCUUACGGACACAAGAGAAGAUAUACUUGCAUGUCAAAGAGCCUACGACUUUCUAAUCGGCUGGUUUAUGCAUCCCUUAACUUAUGGUGAUUACCCUGAAAUAAUGAAGAAAAAUGUUGGCAACAGAAUUCCAGUUUUCACAAAAAAAGAGUCAAAAUUAUUGAAGGGCUCAUUUGAUUUCAUUGGAGUUAAUUACUAUUACAUCCAGAAGGUCAAGGACAACUCUAUGAGUCUCACCAAAACGCCACGAGAUUUGUUUGCCGACAUGGCAGUGAAGUGGAUAUUUCCUAAUUCAAGUGCAUCGCCAAAAGAGUUUACGUUUCCAAAUGAACCAUGGGGUUUUGAGCGAGUUCUGGAGUAUUACAAGGAUGUAUAUGCAAAUCCACUUAUUUUUAUCCAUGAAAAUGGUCAAGCGGAAAGUUAUAAUACAGCAAUACAAGACCAAUUCAGGGUUGAAUAUUUACACGACCAUAUUGGGAGAUUACUUGAUGUUGUGAGAAAUGGAUCAAAUACUCAAGGAUACUUUGUAUGGUCACUUUUAGACGUAUAUGAAUUAUUAUUUAGCUUCGAUGCUACUUUCGGUCUAUACUAUGUUGAUUACAAUGAUCCAAAUUUGACAAGACACCCUAAACUCUCUCAAAGAUGGUACUCCCAAUUUUUGAAGGGUAAAAACGCAACUACAAAUAUACAAAUGAAUCAAGCAGAGGAUACAACUAUUGGUGCUCGAUCGUCAAUUUAGAAAUUAAGUUUGGUAUUAUAAAAAAAAUAAAUAAAUAAAAUAAAAAAAUUGUAUCAUGUUGAGGAAAUUCUGCUUUUCCAAUUCUUAUGGAUGUUAAUAUGUUGAAAUUAAAUGGUUACAAAAAAAAAAUGUUGAAAUUAAAUACUCGAUUGUGUUUGAAUUUCUUCUUAGGAAACCUAUAUUUGUACUUCCUUCA